UCAGGCGGAGGAUCUCAUUGACGUUGCCACUGGGUUACGUCAUCGCACUGUUUCCUGUUUCUCGCACCACUUCUUUGAAUUUUUCAUAGAACUUGAAGGCUCUGACACACUAACACACAGGCUUCAUUUAACACGUUCUUUGACUCAACUAAAGAGGAAAUCUACAGAUGGCUUAAAGCCGGAAUUCUUCAUCCUUCAGGUGAUUUUAGUGGUGUCCUCGCCUGGUGAUCAUCUGACUCUUUGUUUUUCAAAUGAAAUUAACUCUCAUCUGAAGUUGAUUGUUAAAUUCCUCACUGUCUACUCUUUCACCAUGGAUUUUGUUUUGGUGCUGAUACUUGCCUACCUUUCCGCUGGACAGAGUAACAGUGAGGUUACAGAAGAAAAGUGGAAUUCAUGUCAUGAAUGGUGCCCGCCUGGAUAUUAUAAAGUUGAUGAUUGUGGUGAUCCAGGCGCAAGGCACAGAUGUGAAAAAUGCCGCAAUGACACAUUCACAAAUAGAGCAAACCAUAAUAUGAAAUGCCUGAGGUGUGAAGAAUGUGAUUCUAAGGUUACAAUAAAACCCUGCACCUCUACCAGUAAUACGGUGUGUGACUGUAAAGAGGGAUACUUCAAGUCUGACGAGACUGAGGAAUUCUACUGUAAACAAUGUAAAAAGUUUGAUGAACAUCCUAACUUCAAAAUCAGCUGUUUGAAUAAGACAGACUGCAGGAGGAAGUGUCCAGCUUCUACAAAUUCAUCCACAGCUGCAACCACAUCUACAUCUACAGCUACAGCUUCAACUACAGCUUCAAGCAACUCACCAAAUCCUGUUGUGAAUCCAGUUCCUCGUAACUGUUAGUGCUACCUACGUAUUGUACUUUAACAAGUGAUAUGACAGAAUAAUUCAUUGGUCCAUGUUUUCGUAGUUUUGUGACCCAUAUGCCCAAACAUACUUUAUGCUCACAUUAGCUGUGGAUAUCUUAGUAAGUUAAACAGAACCUGAUUGAUUCGGCUUUUGCUGCACCAUGUGUGGUAAGCGUUGAGUAUUAUUCAACUUAUCCUGUGGAUCAGACAGAAGUGAUCAAUUAGAAUUGAUGGGUGGUGGAAUGAUGUCAGUGUUUCUGUGUCCACAUCAGUGAAUGACAUGUCCUGGCUGUUUCUCGUGGUGGUUCUGGUGACACUUCUGUUAUCCCUUGGGCUCCUGCUGCUCUUCGCCAGGAGCCCCUUCAGAUAUCUCGGCCGUUGUCUCUACUGCUGUGUGAACAAUGACCUGGAGCUGCCUCUCGAGCGCCCCAACUUCAAUGAACGAAGCAGUCAUCAAGGCAGCAGCCCCAACACGCUGACAUUAAAGAUAUCUGAGAAUACUCCUAUGAUGACUCUCAGCCAGAGUCCAGCCAUGCCAGAACAUCCAGCCCACAUCAGUCCUCCAGACACUGAACACAAAGCCACCACACAACAAUCGGAUCGCUGGCCGGCCAUCGUCCUCUAUGCCAUUAUCAAGGAGGUGCCCUUGCGUAGGUGGAAGGAGUUCCUGCGUCUGCUCUCGGUCACUGAUCAGCAGCUGGAGCGGGUGGAGCUGGAGGCCGGUUUGGGCCUGGGCUCCAUGGAGAGGCAGUACCAGAUGCUGAGGCUGUGGAGCCAGUGUUCCUCUGCGAGCCUGAACAAUGUCUUCUCGGCCUUGCACUACAUGGAUUUAUCCGGCUGUGCCCAGCAUCUGCAGGAAAGCCUGGAGAAGCUGCAGGUUAAAGGCCUGAAUUGAAGCAAGGUUUCACAGCCUGCAGAAGUUACACAGAACAUGGUUUCAAUGGGGCAUUCCAGGACACCUGAGGCCGUACC